AUUGUUCGGAAACCCAUUUUAUCCAAUUGAGUUCGCUUGUUGGGUGGGGAUAGGAAAGAAAGGCUGCUGUGACUACGUACCAGUCCGAUGAAGUACAGUACUACAAUCGCCCCCACGGUCCGUAUUCGGGAAGUGAGUCCAAACGUUUAAACUGCCACUUCACGUUUCACGGAAGCUCGACCGCUUGCCCGUCGUGGACACGUUUCGUGCUGUUCAUGGAGAGAACUGACAUGAUGCAGUCAGGUGAAGGCCUUUUGUUCUCGCGACAUCUUGGGCCAUACGGACGGCAACGUCGCCGAUAAGAGCCAUUUAUUGUGUCCUAAAAAGUAGUGUACGAAGACGCAGUCAGCUGAAAUAUUUCAAGGUUACACAACCACAUCGAUAGGAUUGACUGUAUGGUGCACAUUUCAAGUAUGAUCACGUCAACCACCCACCAUAGUUUCAUGGAGAGGCGUUCCGUGUACGCGUGCAGAGAGAAUGUGUCAUAUGUCAGUGUUUCGAAACCUUUUUGUGUCUCGAGUAGGCGAUCCAGUGUCCCGCUUCACGACGUGGCCCUCGGGAUCAUGAUGUCACCGGGCAUCCAGUACUUCAUCGUCACCGAAUCGCCCGACUCGCUCCCACACUGUGACGCCGGCUCCCUAUGCUACACGUAUGAGCGCCAACGUACUUUUGGCUUUGCCGAAAAACUGCAAGUCUUCGUACUGGGCCCCCUUUUCCCACUGUACGUCGAGAUAGACAAGCGAUGUCUGGAAGAACUGAGUGCGGCCGAGGCCGCGCUGCUGUUGGCCCUCGCCGACGACUCCGAAAGGCUCAGGUGGUUCCGGGACGGAGAUGUUCUCCGUCGGGCGCUGACGCUUUGCGAGGGGACUGAAGUGGUGGUGCAAGAAGGAAAAGAGACGUUGAACGGCGUCCUGCGCUACGUCGGCGGCCUGUCACAAGCGCCGGCCCAAGAGCCGUUGACGGCGGUAUUCUUUGGAGUCGAACUGCAGGGGGAAGACGAGGGCAAGGGCGACACGGACGGCCGCUACGACGACGUCGCCCUCUUCACCUGUGACCGAGACUGCGGCAUAUUCGCCCCCUUUUCCAGAGUGCGGCCGCGUCACUCCGAGUCCUUCCCCUCGGCCCACGCCGGGUCCCCUUCCGGUUGGGAAACGCCAAUGCCGGUGCCGGGAGACAGAGUCACGUACUACAUCGAAGAUUACUGUUGCUACGGAAUGGUGCUCAACGUCCGGGAGAAGGACGGACAGCGCUUUGUGUUGAUCUCUACGGACGCGGAUGCCAGCGGCAAGACGGGCGAAGUGGAAGUCCCGCUUCAGUUUGUUGUUGUUGGGGACGAUCCCGCCGAUUCCAAUCUGAUUGCCCUCGACAGUUGCGCGGCGGAAACGCAAUCGGCCAUGGGCUUGAACUCCCUGGUGGAGGUGUCCCUGGGCACCCGCCGUUUAUAUGGAAUCAUCCGCUGGAUCGGGACCCUCCCCGGGCAAAAGGAAAUGAUGGCUGGACUUGAGCUGGAAGAGGACGUGGGAGUGAGUGACGGCACCUUCAAAAAUGUGUCUUUCUUCCAAUGUCCUCCCCGGCGGGCUCUCUUUGUGAAGAAAAGCGCUUGUCGUCCCGACGCGCGAUUUCUGAACGACGGCGACGACGACGCGGCACCGAAGGGCAAAGUCGCAGACGGAGCAAACCGAGACAGUCGGAGGAGACUGGAGCCCGUGGCUCCCAUCGGCGCCGAUCAAGUUGAGCAAAUUCUGGUGGGACGCAUGAAGGGGAUCCAGGGACACUGCAACUCUUGCUACAUGGAUGCUGCCCUCUUCAGCUUGUUUUCCUGCUCGUCCGUGCUGGACUCCAUGUUGUUUAAAUCGACAGAGCCGCAAGACGCCCCCAUCCAGCGAACGCUGCUCAAUGAUAUCGUCAACCCCCUUCGAAGCGAGGGCUUUGUGCAAGGUCGACAUAUCAUGAAGCUCCGACAGCAGCUGGAAAAGCACGGCUACUGUCACUCCUUCACCACCGAGGAGAAGGAUCCGGAGGAGUUUCUGACCAUCGUCAUGCAUCACAUUCUCGCGCUCGACCCUCUACUCAAACUAUGGGCCGGAGGCAAAGUGCAGGAGAGUUUCUGCUAUCAGAUCUUCCUGGAGCAGAACCACAGCCUGGUGCUUCCGACCGUGCAGCAGUUGCUGGAACAUUCCUUUCACAACGCCGCACUCAAACUGGCGGAGGCGCCGUCCUGCCUCAUUCUUCAGAUGCCUCGCUUUGGCAAGAAAUUCAAAAUGUUUGACAAAAUCAUUCCAUCCGUGGAGCUGGAUAUAACUCGCCUCCUCUCUCAAGGUCCCCAGCAGUGCAUCCUUUGCGGCAAGCUGGCCCAAGAAGAGUGCCUCGACUGUUUUGAGGAGCCUGUUUUCAGCCAGACGGGAUGCAAAGUCUUCUGCGAGUUGUGCUCGGCUCAGGUUCACUCCCACCCUCAGCGGCGCAGCCAUCAAGCGGCACCUCUGGACAUACCCGAGGGUUACGCAGCGCGAGGAGUUCCUCGCACUCUGACUCGAGACACCAUGGAGUUGUUUGCCGUCCUCUGCAUCGAGACCAGCCACUACGUCUCUUUCAUCAAGUACGGAGCCAACAGUGGCGACUGGCUCUUCUUUGACAGCAUGGCAGACAGACAAGGCGGGACGGAUGGUUUCAACAUCCCGGAAGUGCGAGCGUGCCCCGAGGUCGGCGUCUACCUAGACAUGCCUGCGGCCGAACUGGCCGCUCAGAUUCCUCGGGACAUGAAAGGUGUGGCCAAACGGCUCUUCUGCGACGCCUACAUGUACCUGUAUCAGAGUGGCAGCAUGAGCCUCUAUCACUGAGGGGGGGCCACGUGUCUUGUUGUUUCGGUCGCUUGUCGUCUUGCCAAUAAACGUGCUAUGCUUUGAGCCC